CUGUGUCACAUGGCAGGACCCAACGCAGGCCGGGAGGCGAUCCUGUCAGCUGACCGGAAGAGAGUGGAUUUGUUAGUUUCUGUUCCCCUUCUCUCUGCCCCUCGCCGCCUUCUCUCUGUCAAAGUUUGAAGGAGGAUCUGUUUGUCUCGUGGGCGUCAUGGACCGGUACGAUAAAACGGCGCUCAACGCGCUCGCGCCGCCUGAGGCUAGAACUGAAGGUUCAUUAGCAACUACUCUCAGGACACUUCUCUUCUUCACAACAUUAAUGAUUUUGCUGCCCAUUGGACUGUAUUUCUCAUCCAAGGUGUAUGUAUUUGAGGGCACCCUUGGAAUGUCCAACAGGGACAGCUAUUUUUAUGCUGCUAUAGUUGCUGUGAUUGCUGUUCACUUUGUGCUUGCCCUCUUUGUCUACGUUGCAUGGAAUGAAGGCUCACGGCAAUGGCGUGAAGGCAAACAGGACUGAAGUCAGCAUGGUGUGCUGUCAUGUAAGAGAACAUUUAGCAGGUGGAGUGCAGCCUUAAAGAGCACAUUGUAAAGAUGUGUAGGGUUUAAGGACUUUAAAUUCCAAGAAGUCUCGCUUUGUGAGUGAUACAAGACGUGCUGCUUUGCCUAACAAUAGCUGUGAAUUCAUCAAAUGCAGAAGUUGCCUGUUGGCAAGAAGAAUCACGGAGUAAGCCAGAAGGAAUGUUCAUUUUUGUUCCUAAAAUGGAGUUCAAUUAAUUUGUUUGGUUUUCUUUCUAUUAAGCUGUCAAGAACGACUUCUGGAUCCACAUCGGGACAGUUUCAUAAAAUAAAACUGGUGGACUAAGAAUUUUAAAUGUUUCCAGUAAGAUUCUGGAUUGCAAAUGUAUGAAUGUGAUGUAGAUUUUUUUUCCUUUUUGUUUUAAGUGUAGCCAUUAAUCUGCCAUUAGUCUUUCCAUUCCUUUUUUUGAAAGGAAAGUGGUGAUGUUGUGUGUUCUGUCCAUCAAUCUAUGAGCCUACAAGCUCAUAUGUUCCUGUGUGGUAGUUCUUAGCAUCAGAUUUCCUGCCACCUAAAGAGCAGAGCUUCUCAAAUGCAAUGGUCCCUAUUGUUUCCAAAAACGAUGGGGCAUUGUAAAACAUUUCUCCAUCUGACAUGUAAUCUCGCAAGACAUGGUUGAUUGUUUAAGAAUAACACUGAUCUAGAUGAUGGUAUUCCAGAUCCAGAAGGGUGCUGUGACAGACAACACUCUUUAAACAGAUGUUCUUGUUUUGUGUUGACACUCUACACCUGCUAUUUUUAAUGUCACUGUAACGGUAAUAUUGUUUCCCAUUGUCACUUUGUUCAACAGCUUGAAUGAAAAGCAGUCUGCUCCUCAGCAACACAGCAGUGCUUCCUGACUCUUUUGCAGGCCCAGACCUUGGUCUCUUGCUGCUUCUAAAUAAUAUUAGACACCUGUGCUUCUGCAGCUUUUGAAAUCAUGGAGAAAGUGCAUCAGACAGGGGGUCCAAAAAACAGGUAGAUACCAUUGGAUCCCAGAAUUCAACUUGAGCAAACUGAGUGAUUGUAUUUACAGGUAUUUUCAGUCUGCUAGCUUUUAGUGUCCUCUUAAAGUAGUUCUUCAUUUCCUGUAUUGAGACUAGGAUGUGACCCAGUAGCCCCUUCUGUUCCAAAAUCAUUGCUUAUUUCAUUGUGCAGAGCUCCUUUUCCAAGUCUGGUAGAAAUGACCAAAUCUGUAGUGGUUGGUAGAAUUGUCCCCUUCUCUGUAAUUAUUGUGAGGUGUUGGGUAAGAAACAGUGCUUUCAUUGAGACUAAAUUAACUGGCAGCUUCCUAAAUACUAUUACAGACCAAUUUUUCUGUCACCUUAUUACAUUUGAUGCGAAUGGAUUUGUAGCCAUUUCAAACUGCAAGCUUAUUUCUAAGACUGUAACGUGAACACCAUCUGUUAAAUACAAUAUAAUAUGAUAUAAAGUAAUUGGGUCAAAGAAAAUGCAGAUAUUGACCUCUGCACUGUGUGAUUCUUGUGAAAUUGACUGCCACAGGAUGUAGUGCUGGUCAUUGUUUUAAAUUCAUGGAUGAUAGGCCCAUCAAUGGGUUUUAGUCAUGAUGACUUCAUUGCACCUCUGUGUUCAGCGGCAGUAUAUCUCUGCAAACCAGUGACUUGAGGCAACAGGGAAGCCUUUCUAGGAGCAUCUGAUAGGCCGCUGUUUUAGAAAGUGUGCUGGAUUAGAUAGACCAUUCGUAUGAUCCUGAAAAAACUGCUCUUAUGUUUUGGUUUCUGUAUCAUUGCUUGUAAAUCAACAUGUUAUAAUUGCUGCUUUAUUCAUGCUAUUAUAAUAUCCAGUUGAGUUUUUCCUACAUUCGUUAUGGGAUAAAUGGGUAUCGUAGGUUCUCAAUAUGUUAUGUAUUUGCAUUAAACACCGGACACCAAAAAUGCAUUUCUUUCAAAUAAGAACUGCCCACAGUGGAGACCUGAUGUAACAGUUAUAGCAAGCAUGGUGUCUUGAUACAGUGUUUUUCUUAUGGGAUUGCAGUUUUCAAUUACUGUUUUCUUAUUUCUGCUGGAGCUCUUUUUUCCAAACCAGGAUUUCAGAUGCUAAGAAAAAUACAUGGGCUGUCUCCUUCCCCCACCUCCAUCAUUGUAAACAAACCUUGUGCAUUAUAUUUUUAAUUAGAGUUGAGCAAUUGCUGGUGUCCAGAAUUAUUUCAAUUAUAUUUUUACAUAAUUCAUUUAAAAUAUUUAAAUCCUAGCAUCCCUCUUAAACAUUCAAAUCAGCUUUAAAAUAUACUAAAACAGCAUCACAAAACACAUUACAAUCAAGACAAAUUUAAAACAUAAUUGUCAAGAUAGUAUCAUUUCAAUCUCAAAAUUUUAAAUUUGUUUCAGCAAUCAAAAGUCUAAAGGCAGCUGAAGGGGAUUAAACAAUCCAGAGGGAAGGCAAAGUCAGAGUCAAAAUACAGUAAAUCAAAUGCAGGACAAACAAGUUUUCACUGGGUGCUUAUACACGUAGAAAAGAGAUGCAGAAGACCUCAGAGGCGGAGUUCUGUAAGCACGUUGUCAACGUUAAGGUCCCAGUGCUGUGCAGUCUCUGUACACUGCAAAAUUUUGGUAAAGACUCUUAGAAGGUUUCUGUGAGUAUUUUAAAAAUACGUUUUAUAUUUGAAUUUAUAAGCUGCUUCUUCAAAUAUGUGCUUAAAUGCACAGAACUGAGUAUCAGCAAUAGUCCUCAAAACAAAUGUGCUGUAUUUUUUCCUUAGCUGCUUGGGUAGUGGGGCUGAUUAAUACUUCCUUUCUGGGGGUUUUUGUGUGUGUGUGUGUGUACUAAAUAUCAAAAUGUGCUUCCAGCUACUUGACAGAACCCUAAUGUACCUUAAGGGUUGUACUUGUUACAAUAGCCCAGAGUUGUAUCUCUUGAUAGCUGUCACUGAAAAGACAUGAGAGUAAAUAAUUUGAAAUGCA